AGCAGGAGAAGAGCCACAUGGUACAACAGUCUCUGGAGAGGAUCGAGCUGGGGCUGAGCGAGGCACAGAUGUUGUUGUCCUGAUGGAUUCAUGGAACCAGGACCUGCAAAAUGCACUGGGGCCAGGUCUGAGGUAAUGGCCGAAAGAAGAAGAUCGUGGAUACAAGUGGUUGAAAUGAGUUUCUUCUGCAAAGUGACUGGAUGCUCCCUUAGAGAUAGGGUGAGGAGCUCAGUCACACAGGAGGUGCGCUGAGCAGAGCCACUGCUCCUCCACAUGGAGAGAAGCAGCUGAGGGGAGGGCAUCUGUGUUGGAUGCCUCCUCGAUAUCUGCCUGGGGAGGUGUUUGCUCCACCGGUAGGUAGACCCAGGACACGCUGGAGAGACUAUGUAUGGGUUUGCCUGGGAAUGCCUUGGGAUCCCCCUGGAAGAGCUGGAGCUGUAGUGUGCAUGGAGAGGGAAGUCUGGGCCUCCCUGCUCAGACUACUGACCCCGCGACCCGGCCCCGGAUAAGCAGAAGAAAAUGGAUGGAUAAAACUAUAAAAUGGUGAUGGCUUUGUCGGCUCACUUGAAUUCUGUGGAGGCUGAGAAACAGAAGCUGAGAGCUCAGGUGCGGCGGCUGUGCCAGGAGAACCAGUGGCUGCGGGACGAGGUGGCAGGUGCACAGCAGAAGCUCCAGGAGCGAGAGCAGGAGGUGGUCAGUCUAGAGGAGCACAACCGCCACCUGCUCUUCAUGUCUUCCAUCCGCAAGUACGACCAGGACCAAGAGGAAGCGCUGGAGGAUAAAGGCAUGUGCUGCACAGGAGGGAGCCUGGAGGACCUGUUUCCUGAGGACCAGGAGCCUCAUGCCAUCCACAGGGGCCCCAGCAGUGCAGAGGUGGCAGCUCAGCAGGGGGGCUAUGAGAUCCCAGCCCGCCUGCGCACACUGCAUAACCUGGUGAUCCAGUACGCCUCUCAGGGACGCUACGAGGUGGCCGUGCCUCUCUGCAAGCAGGCGCUGGAGGACCUGGAGAAGUCUUCUGGACACAACCACCCGGACGUGGCCACCAUGUUGAACAUCCUGGCUUUGGUGUACAGGGACCAGAACAAAUACAAGGAAGCAGCCAACCUUCUGAACGACGCACUGGCGAUCCGAGAGAAGACCCUGGGACCGGACCACCCUGCGGUUGCAGCCACACUCAACAACCUGGCCGUGCUGUAUGGAAAACGUGGCAAAUACAGAGAAGCUGAGCCUCUGUGUAAGAGAGCUCUGGAGAUCCGUGAGAAGGUGCUGGGGGCAGAUCAUCCAGAUGUGGCCAAGCAGCUCAACAACCUGGCCCUGCUAUGUCAGAACCAGGGCAAGUACGCUGAGGUGGAACAGUACUACCAGCGCGCCCUCCACAUCUACCAGAGCCACAGGGACCCCAAUGACAGCAAUGUGGCCAAGACCAAGAACAACCUGGCCUCGUGUUACCUCAAACAGGGCAAAUACCGGCAGGCUGAGGCACUCUACAAAGAGAUCCUGAGCCACGCCCACGCCAAGGAGGGCUCCACUGUGGAAGGUGAGGCCCCCCCCUGCUGGUCCGGUGGUCCCGAAGGAAUGAGGCGCAGCGGCUCCUUCACCAAACUGCGUGAGUCCCUGAGACGCAGCAGUGAAAAACUGGUGCGCAAGCUAAAGGGUGGGGCCAAUAAAGAGCCACACCCCCACAGUGCUGGGAUGAAGAGGGCCAGGUCCCUGAAUGUGCUAAGUGUGGAGACGGGGGACCAGAAGCAGCGCUGGAGCACAGCAGACGGGAUGGGCUCCAAUACACAUGGGACCAGGCGCGGCUCCUACAGUGGGACCAACUAACCCUGGAUCCUAGGUCCAGUCCUACAGUGGGACCAACUAACCCUGGGUCCCAGGCCCCUGUACCUGGACUGAACUGUGAGUGUGGUACAGGCUUUACCAUGUUGUUUAACCUUCAUUUGGGUCUGAAGAAGUUUGGCCUCUAUGCACAGUAGCAGAGGAGAGCUGUGUCAGUGAUUCCACAUAUGACCACACCUUCUUGACCACAGCGCACCUGGUUUACAGAAUUUGUUUACCUGUAUUUACUUCCACAUCGCCUUUUCCCUGUGUAUUCUGGCUGGCUCCUUUACCUUUUAUGGUCACAAAGGGAUCACAGCCCCCCCAUGAUCUCGUGUAGACACAGAGCUGAUGAACAUUCCCUGGACAUCAGAUGUGAAAUCUGAUUUUAUCAGAUUAUUUAGGGAUUAUUUUAGGGAUCUUGUUUGCACUUGCACUGGACUGUUACAGUUUUUAAUUGUAUUUAUUCAUACUAGAAGGAGGCGGGUAAACCUCUGUUACAUUUGUGUGAAUAACUUCUAAAAAAAUGUACUUGAGUACUGUUACAAAACUUGUGGUUCCUAUUUCCACUGUAAGUCUACAAGUGACAAAAGCUUUAUGUUAACAAUAUUUUCAUAUUGUAUUAGUUUGUCUCAUUUUUGUGUCUGUCCUUUGAAAAUACCUGAUUGUGUGCAUUAUUUGAUGUUACAUUACAAUUUACUUGAGUAACAUUAUUUUUAAGUAAUACAAAUACUACUUAAUGUAGUACUUAAUGUAGUAUUUGUAUUCUUACACCAUAUUUUACACCUACCUGAGUAAUAUUUGAGUUGUUACUUUGAAAUCACAUUUCAUGUUUUUCCUGCUCCUUCAGAUAUGAUUUCAUGUAUCCAUGUAUCAUUCUGUCCAGAUUUUGUGCAUUUAAUUAUCCAAAUAUUUCUUUAUUCUUA